AUAGAAACCACACCUAGUGAGACAUUAUUAGUGGCCUUAUCUUUUACAACUUUACAACUCUCUACUGAAAAAGAAAAAGAUUAUCUUAUUUCAACCUUUCAUUUUUCUUCAUUAUUAGUUUGAUGUAAAUUGUUUCUCUUGAGAAGUUGAAAGGAAUUAUUUAUUUUGAACUACUUUGGCUUUGAUUAGUGAGAAUGGAAAGGGGAAAAGAAAAUGAAGGACAAACAAAAAGGGAAGAUAACAAAUCAUUGGUGUCAUCUGUUGUACUCCGCGAGGACAUUGUCAAUCUUGUAGAUUUCACAGAGAGGUUAAAUAGUUGGCGUGUUCAAACUUCUCUUGACAUGGAUAAGAUUAGGAUGCUGACAUUUGUGUCGUUAUUUUGUCAUCUUUAUUACUCUUUCUUUUCGGAAAGUUGUAAUGACGAAAUGUGUUGCAUAUCAAAUGAGAUUCAUGAUUUUGUUCAUUCACUCAUGCUUCAUCCAAGUGGAGAAGACAUGCUGGAUAGAAUAAAGUAUCAUGGCCUCAUGAAGAAUAUCACAAGUUAUAUUAGCUCACAUAGCUAUUCUGAACCAACCAUGACCGAGGAUCGUUUGGUUGAAAUUUUAGAUGCCAUCCUCAUGUUUCUACAACAUCUACACAAGUGCUCUAAGUUGAUUUUCCCAUCAAUAACGACUCCAUUUGAGCUUCUUCAGAAUGUAUUUGGCAAUUUAAGAGAUUUCUGUAGGUUGAAAGUAAAUGAGUUCCUUCAUGAGUAUAAGGCAAUCGUAUAUGUCUUACCUCUUCAACUUAUGGUGGAGAGAGUAGUAAACUUCUGUUUUACUCUUUUGUAUAGUCAACUGGCCAUAUUCGAUGAACUUGAUGUCUCUCUAGUUAAAUCCAAUCUAGCUAAUCUACUUGUGGAGGUUAUUCCUGUUUCACUGGAGGUUAUGCACCUAUGUUGUACAAAUUUGGAAGGUUCAAAGUCGGAAGAAGUUGGACAUUUCAUCAAGCAGCUCCUAGAAACCUCUCCGGACAUUCUUAGAGAAUCUCUGAUUCAUCUACAAGAGCGCAUGCUUAAUACUCUUACUCCUAGCGCUUCUACGUGUAACAUUCAUGUCAUGAUAGAGUUCCUACUGAUUAUUCUUACUGAUGCACUCAAGGAUGUUAUUCGUCAUGACAAAUUGCUUGUUCUCUUGGCACGUGUUAUACAACUUACCAAGGAGGUAUUCGUUCUUUUUGGCAACUUAGAAAAGAGUAUGAAUGAAGCAAAUCUAAAUUUGAUGGAAAAUAUUGAACUCCUCAAGGAAGAUCUCAAGAAUGAUUUCUUAAAAGAAUGUGCAGACUCGUCUCAGCUCCGCUUCCCCAUGAGUGAUGGACCGCUCUUCAUGACUCUUCUACUCACAAACUUAAAUGACUUGGUCAAUUCCAAUGCUUAUCCAGUUUAUUUGAUAAAAGAAGAAAUCGGGCGGGUGAAAGAAGACCUGGAAAUCAUAAGAUCGUUGUUCGGGUAUGUUGAGCAAGAGUUGCAUAAAGAUCUUUGGGCUCAUGUUCUGGAUGUGUCAUAUGAGGCGCAAAAUGCCUUUAACUCAAUUCUUGCGCGAGAUCAUGGUCUAUUGCAGCUUAUCUUCAUACUUCCUGAUACUGUAGAAAAGAUCAAGCUUGUCAAAAAAGAGGUACAAGAAAAGAUCCCCAAGAGCAGCGGUAUAAUUGUUGCAAACGCUCCUAACAAGCCGGUUGAAAGAAACUCAUCGAGUACAGUUGGCAAAAUAAUUGUAGGUUUUGAGGAGGAGACAGAGUGGAUAAUUAGGAAGCUCACCAGCGGAUCAGCUGAGAUAGAUGUCAUUUCCAUAGUCGGCAUGCCUGGGCUUGGAAAAACUACUUUGGCUUACAUAGUGUAUAAUCAUAAGUCCAUUGUUGAUCAUUUCGAUGUUUGUGCUUGGUGCACAGUCGACCAGGAACAUAAUGAGAAAAAGUUGUUGCAGAAUAUUUUCAAUCAAGUUAUUGGUUUGAAAGAACAAUCCAAUGAGGAUCAUGACAUAGAUGAUGACGUUGCUGAUAAGCUGCGGAAACGACUAUGUGGAAAACGGUACCUUAUUGUCUUGGAUGACAUGUGGGAUACUGAGACAUUGGAUGAGCUAAUGAGACCUUUUCCUGAAUUUCAUAAAGGAAGCAGAGUGAUUUUAACAAGUCGGAAAAAGGAAGUUGCUUUGCAUGGAAAAUGCCACAGUGAUCCUCUUUAUCUUCGAUUGCUAAGAUCAGAAGAAAGUUGGGAGUUAUUAGAGAAAAGGGUAUUCGGAGAAGAAGGUUGCCCUGAUGAACUAAAGGAUGUCGGAAAAAAGAUAGCUCGUAAGUGUGAUGGUCUUCCUUUAGUAGUUGAUCUAAUCAGUGGAGUCAUUUCAAGGAAUGAAAAGAAAGAGGCUUUCUGGCUUGAUAUUCUGAAUAAUUUGAGUUCCUUUAUUUUUAAGGAUGAAAAAGAAGUUGAGAAGGUUAUACAAUUAAGUUAUGACCAUUUGUCAGAUCACGUAAAGCCGUGUUUGAUUAGCCUUUCAACUUAUCCAAAGGACAAAGAUAUAAGGAUCUCUGAGUUGAAAAAAUUGUGGAUUUCUCAAGGAUUUGUGGAUCAGAUUGAGAUGAGAAGUGCAGAAGAAGUAGUGGAUGAGUUAAUCUCGAGUAGUUUGGUGAUACCUUUUGAUAAUUCUAUUUACAAAAUUCAUGAUCUUGUGCAUGACUUUUGUUAUAUAAAAGGUAGAAAGGAAAACUUGUUUCACUUCAUAGAAGGUUCAAAAGCUCUGUCUUCGGAUCUUAUGCCACGUGGAAUCAUCAUUCAUUCUAAUAGACAUGUAUUUCCUCUCGAUGACAGUUUUGUGGUGUUUGAUCGUGAAAAGAAGAAUCCUUAUGUUAAACACCUCCUCUAUCUGAAGGUGUAUGAUAAUUGUCUUUCCUACAAGAGUCACCUAAACCACUUUAGGCUUCUCAAAAGUUUGGAUUUGGAUUGCAGAAAAUUGAAAUAUACUUUGCUGAAUGAAAUUGGUAUGCUCCUUCAUUUGAAGUACUUAAGCAUUCAGACUGAGGCUAGCACUCUCCCUCUGUCAUUUUCAAACCUCUGCAAUCUAGAAUCUCUGAUGGUGAAUAACGUGGAGAGAACAUGCAUGUUACUAUCGCGUUGGUUUUGGAGUCUAACAAAGCUACGAGAUGUAUGGAUGAAGUGUUGUGCUGAUCCCUUUGAUCCAACUGCUUUAGAUGAGGACUCAAGGUUAGAAAAUUUGACAUCAUUACAUGAUCUCUACCUUCCCGGUUCAGAAGACACGGAGGAUAUUAUUUUCAAAAGGUUUCCUAAACUUCGAAACCUUAGAGUCUAUAUCAAUACACAAAUACCAGAGAAUACGUGUUUUCCAAGAUUGGAUGUGCUUAAUGAACUUGAACAACUCCUUUUAUUUGUUUCUGCUCGGAAUCCAUUCCCUGAAUAUACACAUGGCUUCCCUUUGAGCUUGAAGAAACUGAAGUUGGGAGGGCUCACUCUGACAUCCGAUACACUUUCAAGACUACCCAACCUUGAAAAACUAAGUCUAGAACAGGUAAUCAUCGACGAGGGCAAAGAAUGGAACAUGGAAAAUGUCAUUUUCCAGAAUCUCAAAUCUCUAAAAUUGGUAGAAUUGUCAUUUUCUGAAUGGAAGGUUGAUGCAGAGAAAUCCUUUCCCGUGCUCGAGAAACUAUUUAUAGAUUCAUGUGAUAAGCUUAUGGAAAUCCCAGACAGUUGUGGAGAUAUUGCGUCAUUACAUCUUAUCAAAGUAUUGCACUGCCCUCAGCUUAAAAAGUCGAUUUCCAAAAUUAAGAAAUAUGUUGAAGAAAUGACCGGAGAAGACAAGCUUAAGGCAUACUUCUUUUUGUGGAGAUUGAGCUAGCGCAUACAAAUCAUAUGUGAAGCGAGUAAAUAAACAGAAUUGUAAAUAAUAGGCUUGUUACUAUUAUGGUGAUGUGUAUAAUUAUAAGACAUGACAUAUUUUAUGUCAUUAAUUAACUUAGGCGAUUGAAAUCCGGACAAUUAUUUCUAGCAGUUAAUUUAGACAUUUUGUGGUUCUCAUUGUCAAUUUCAUUACGUGAUAAAGUGAUUGUUUUGAUUCAUGAGUAUUUGAAUAUAUGACAAAGUGAUCAUAUUAAAUAUUUUAUUUAAAUUUU